CAUGAUAAUGUCAUUGAUUUAUCGAUUGUUAUACGAGCCGAACUUGGCAGUAAUUUUCCAUUCUGUACUAUUUCUUGAACGAAGAACAAUUGAUUUUAACAAUGUCGGCUGGCAUAUGAAUGACAAAAAGCUACAUGAUGCUCAUCCUUUUAUAGGAAUUGUUGUUUUAAUUUUAGUCCUUAUCAACCCUAUAAUGGCAAUUUUUCGCCCUGCACCAACUCACUCAAAGCGUCCCAUUUUCAAUUGGUGCCACAGAAUAGUUGGUCUGUCAGCACUGAUUCUUGGAAUUAUCAAUAUUGUUAUUGGACUUCGACUGGACAGAGUUGCUCUUGAAUCAUGGGUUUCUUGGGUCGCCGUCGGAUUUUUCUUUUUCAUAAUUUUUGUCGGUUUAAUACUUGACUUUGUUCCACUUUGCGUCAGUGAUGCAGAGAUAAAAAAAUCCAAUACAUAUGCAUUACAACCUGCUGGUCAGUCUAACAAUGAAGAGAAAAAAAGCCAUUUUGCGGUCAAAUUUGUGAAGAGCUGUGCUCAAGUGCUGAUUGUUUUAGCUUCUCUUACGGCGACAAUAAUAAUUGUUGUUCAAGUUGCUGACAAGUAA